AGAUACUGUAAAUUCGUAAUACCAUGGGCGUCACCAAGCUGCCGGUGUGUGUGGUACUCUGUGUCGUAAUAAUGACAGUGUGGCUACCAGACACUGCACAUUCUACAGGAUAUAGUGGAGGUAAACGUUGCUACAGUAGCCAUAUAUGUUGAUGUAACUAUAGCAAUAGUUCAUACAGUGACUAACUAUGUUGAUAUAUCUAUAACAUUAGUUGUUGCAGUAACAAAAUAUGUUGAAAUAACAUUAGUUGUUACGGAAACGAGACAUGUUUAAAUAACUAUGUAUCAAUAACAAAAUAUGUUGAUAUACCUAUAGCAUUAAUUCACACAAUAUAUACUUUGUUAUAUAAAUGUGUACAUUAACAAAGUAAGUUGAUAUGACUUUAGCAUUAGUUGGUACAGAAACAAAGUGUCUAGAUAUAUCUAUAACAUUACUUGGUACAGUAACAAAAUAUUUUUAUAUAUCUAUAGGAUACGUUGGUACAUUAUAUACUUUGUUACAUAAGUUUGCACAUUAACAAAGGAAUUACCUAUAACUGUAACACUCCAGUUGGCACCGAGCAGUUACGUCAUGCGACAUUGUAGAUUGUAGAUGAUGUGUACUACAAGCUACGGGGCGUUGUCUCAAUAUACACAAUUGACAGCACGGGGUCUCUGGAGUUUUGAGUGAAAUGGGACAAUAGUGGAGUCUUUAGAUGACAUAUGACGCACUGGGUCUCUGUAAUCUCGAGUGAAAUGGGACAAUAGUGAAGUCUAUAGUUGACAUAUGACAGCAUUGGGUCUCUGGAAUCUCGAGUGAAAUCAGACAAUAGUGAAGUCUUUAGAUGUCCCUUCCCCCACCUUUCCUUCUCUUGGGAAUAAUUUAUUUAACGAUCACUUAAUAUCCAAGUUAGGCUUUACACCCCUAACCCCCCUUUUUCCCUUCUCCUCCUGUCGGCCUAGUUUCGAACCACUGGCCGUUGAUCAACCUUGUGCAUUACCUUGAGUACAUAUCAAGGUUUCUCAAGCGGGAUCUCCGGAUCCCACACUAUUUUUAGUAUGAAAUAAAAGACUUCCUAGGGAAUUGUUCCGUACCGAAAAAUCCCGGGUCCACAUUUUUAGAUGACAAAUGUUCUGGUUGGUUUUGUUUGUUUUUAAUUGGAUUCAAGUUCAGCAAAUGACAGAUGGUGACUACAUUCAUCAAAUGACAGAUUAUCACUACAUACAUCAAAUGACAGAUGGUCGCUACAUUUAUCAAAUGACAAAUAGUCACUACAUACAUCAAAUGACAGAUUAUCACUACAUUCAGCAAAUGACAGAUUGUCACUACAAGUCUGGACAUGUAAAACUGAGAUAACUGCACCGCAUGUUUGCGCUCAGUAGCUCUAGUACACACGUUUCCUGAAGCGUUGUCAAGUCAAUACCAAAUUUAAACAGAGACAAAAUGAACAUGACCGCGAUAGAGUGAAAACAAAGCCGUUUGGAUAGGGUCAAGUCCUGGAAAUAAAAAACAAAUACAAAAUAUAUUUUUAGCUUUGUAAUUAAUGACAUAUCGAUGCCAUAUUUGAUGACCUAAUUGAUAACAUACUUAAUGUCUAUUUGAUAACGUAUUUCAUGGAAUAUUUGACGACUUAUAUUGAUGACCUAUUUGAUAACAUACUUGAUUAAAUAUUGAUGACAUAUUUGAUGUCAUAUUUGAUGACAUAUUUGAUGACAUUUUUUGAUGACCUAUUUGAUAACAUACUUGAUGACUAUUUGAUGACAUAUUUGAUGACAUAUUUGAUGUUUGAAACUAUGAGACAAGAAUUAGAAAAUAAUACUUUGAACUUUCCAGUUUCUCUUAGUCUAGUGCAGUGGUCGGAGUCUAGUGCAGUGGUCGGAGUCUAGUGCAGUGGUCGGAAAACUCAUUAGUCAAAAGAGCCAAGAAUCAGCAUCGGGACGAUUUUUUUAAAAAAAGUUUAAGAGCCAAAUUUAUUUUCAAGUACCAUGUUUUUCGGAGUCAAAUCCCAUUUGUGUCUGACUGGCCGAGCCGAACUCAGAUCGCUAAAGAACCACAUGCGGCUCUCGAGCCACGAUUUGGCGACCACUGGUCCAGUGCUUCAAACGGCGACCCCAUAGAAAACUUCUAAUAGAAAUCCCUUGGCAACCCCACUGGGGGUCACUUAUAACGGGCUGGGAAUCUGUGAUCUAGUGACUUAUUAGACCAGGUGAUGUGUGUGAAACCACUUGUAUGGUGUGUAGUGUUUUUGCCGUCCAAAAUCUACCGAGUAAGGACUACACAUCAAUGGAUAUGUAUGUUAAUGUAAUGUUUAUAGUACAUCAUAAUCCCUCAUCAAAAUCCAGGAUGCACUUGGUGUAAUGAGAAUAAUCUGAUCUUUUUCCUCAGGGUACCGCAGGGAUCGGGAUGGUGACAGCGGUAAGAUGAGAAUGUGUUGGCUUACAAAUGUAGAAGUGUCGGGAUGAAUGUUUACGUAGUCAGUGAGUGGUGAUAGGAUGUGUGUGUGUAUUUACAAAUAUAGACGUGUUAUGAUGAAUGUGUUCUUAGACAGUGAGUGGUGAUAAGAUGUGUGUGUUUACAAAUAUAGACGUGUUAUGAUGAAUGUGUACUUAGACAGUGAGUGGUGAUAGGAUGUGUGUGUGUAUUUACAAAUAUAGACGUGUUAUGAUGAAUGUGUACUUAGACAGUGAGUGGUGAUAAGAUGCGCGUGUGUGUUUACAAAUAUAGACGUGUUAUGAUGAAUGUGUUCUUAGACAGUGAGUGGUGAUAAGAUGUGUGUGUUUACAAAAAUAGACGUGUUAUGAUGAAUGUGUACUUAGACAGUGAGUGGUGAUAAGAUGUGUGUGUGUGUUUACAAAUAUAGACGUGUUAUUAUGAAUGUGUACUUAAACAGUGAGUGGUGAUAAGAUGUGUGUGUGUGUGUUUACAAAUAUAGACGUGUUAUGAUGAAUGUGUACUUAAACAGUGAGUGGUGAUAAGAUGUUUGUGUGUGCCUUGGUCUCUCUGUGUGCGUCUCUGUGUGUGGGUCUCUGUGUGUCUCUCUCUAUGUGUGUCUGUGUAUGGGUGUGUCUGUUGACAUAUUGGGCUGAUUGCAUGCACAGUUACAACCCACAAUUAUCUCACUAGUUAAGUAACAACUACUUGUUAUUUUCUCACCAGCUGCCUACCGAGUGCUUCUGGGCUAUAUCAAGUCUUUGGGUCAAAGGUUACAGAAGGUAGAGAGGCAGUCAGGCUGCGACUCUGGAUUCAUUAAUGUGACAGUAUGUGAUGACAGUAAUGGUAAGUCAUAAAUGUGACAGCCUGUGAUGACAGUAAUGGUUAGUCAUUUAUUUGACAGUCUGUGAUUACAUCAAUUGGUAAUUCAUGUUACCUAAUGUGAUAGUCUGUGAUUACAUCAAUUGGUAAGUCAUGUUACCUAAUGUAACAGUAUGUGAUUACAUCAAUUGGUCAGUCAUGUUACCUAAUGUGACGGUCUGUGAUUACAUCAAUUGGUAAGUCAUGUUACCUAUUGUAACAGUCAAGCACUCCAUUACUUACGUCAACAAAAUAGGGGGAGAGGGUGGAAAAAGACUAAUAAUUAUUGACAAGAGGGUGUGGAGGUACUGGCCGCACUCCAGACAGUUUGAAAAAUAGGGGAGGGGGGCACCUUGACGUUUGGGGCACAAGCAGUAGCGUCACUAGGGGGAGUGGAGGUACGGACCGCACUCCGGAUAGCCUGAAAGGGAUAACACCUUCUCGGGGGGGGGGCACCAAAUGAAUAAUAGUAAAUUUGACAGAGGUCGAUCAAGUGGGUUUCAUAAUGCAUCUAAAAUGCGAGAGCAGGGUGUCAUCUGUCAUCAGAACAGGAUACCAUCAGAGCAGGAUAUCACAAGAGUAGGUACCACCAGAGCAGGAUACCACCAGAGAAGGAUACAAUUAGAGCAAGUUGUCAUAAGUGCAGGGUGACACCAGAGCAGGAUGACACCAGAGCAGGUUGACACCAGAGCAGGGUAACACCAGAGCAGGGUGACACCAGAGCAGGGUGACACCAGAGCAGGAUGACUCGUAGGAGGUCCGUUGAGAAGUCUCCAUGGGGUGAAUAUUGAGUUUACUGCACUGGGUGACACCAACUUUAGUGGUGCCACUCAGCAUCAUAUAAAAUAGGUGACUCGGUCAAAAGACGCGAGUGUGAGAGGUGAGAGGUGAGCAUAUGCUCACUGCCAAGCCACUUGUAAUCUUGUAACUAGGACAUGCUGGAUGCGUUUCAAAUUUUCACUGGACAGAUGCAGUAUAGCCAGAAAAAAAUAUUGUGUAAAAAAACGAAUUCUUUAAGUAUAAUUUUUAUUUUUGUCUAUUAAACCCUCAUUGCCACAAAUAUUUCCUUAUUUACACAAUUUAGGGCAAUUUACACCACCUUGCCUAUCGCGUUAUAAGAACACUUUGUUUAUUCUAUUAGAAUGUCGUCGUCACAUGAAACCGCUUUAGAACCUGUGUAACUAGGGCUACUGAACUUACUUAUUCAGCACAGUUUACUACAGUUUACAGAGAUUGGCUUACGUCGACCAUUUGUUACAAUGCGCGACUUACUCAAAUUUAUUUAAAAAAACAAGGAAAUGAUAUUGUUAAAGUGUGUACCCGGGAUUCCCCGAGAUGGGAAGUCUUGAGUUUACAAAAAGUCUUGGGAUAAACCCAAAUGAAAGGCCUAAACGGGGAAUCCCCAAAGAUUGGGUAAUCCCCAAGGAGGGCGUACGAAGAUUUUGUUGUGAUGCAGCCGUUCCCCUGUGACAUAAACACAAUAAAUCCAUAACCUUAUUUCUAAUUGUGAGUAAAUAUUAGUUUAGUGUUUAUUACCCCAAAACAAGAGGGAGCAGGGGCGGCAUAUUCUUCAAUUUAUUAAUAUUUUAAUCAUUUUAUUGAGGCGGGGCAGUAUUUUCGAGCAUUUUGUUUGCAUUUCAUGUAAGGGCAAGGGGGUUGCAAAAACGUUGGCCUGUCCCUGACGGUACUAACCUUAGCAACGGACGCCACUAACCACAACUAAAGAAGUUUUUUUUUUAAAGCUCCAACCCACAUUAUAUUUUAUUUCAUAUGCCACGCUUUUUAACUAAAUUAACUUAACACUAACCGCUAAGAAUAAUAUUAGUAUUAGGCCUAAACUUUUUUUUUUUUUUUUUUUUUUUACUGACAACUGGUUUUACAUUGUGGACUAAUGUGGACGAUAAGAAAUUAUGUUGCUCUUAAGAAUCAAAUAAGAGUAAUACACUUAUAUACACAAUUAUGAUAGAUGUUUGUUUUUUGCUGAGAUUAUUCCCGAUUAAUGACCUCGAGACCAUUCCCCUUUCCACAUUUGUUGAACCUAAAACUUUAAAAAAAAAUAUUUUAAAAUUCUGAUUGCGAUCUGUUGUGCUUAUUUAAUUUUAAUGUUAUUUAUUGCAAAUUUUAUUUUUUUAAAUAUUAUCAGUUAUUUGUAAAUAAAGUAAUCGUGUAUUAAAUGCUAUUGUCUGAUAUUCGAAGAGUGUCUUGUCCCAAUGUAAUGUAGGCCUACCGGUACUAUUACUACGCUUGGUGUCCCAAUUCAGUUCCCAAUGAAUGAGUGACAUUUGAAUCUAACUCUCUAUGGGCAACAUUACCACGUCAUUUCACAUUAUUGAUCAGUUUUGUUAAUGAUGGAGUCUUUUACAUUAUUGAUCAGUUUUGUUUACUGAUGGACCCUUUUACAUUAUUGAUCAGUUUUGUUUACUGAUGGAGCCUUUUACAUAAUUGAUCAGUUUUGUUUACUGAUGGAGCCUUUUACAUAGGUUGUGUAUUUUCAAGCUAGUACUAGUUGUACAUGUAGGCUACUAAUAAUGCGGUACUAGUUGUACAUGUACUAAUCAUGCUGGUAAUAGUUGUAUAUACUUGUAAUACCAAUUUGUAUUUAUCAUGCUGGUACUAGAUGUACAUGUACUAAUCAUGCUGGCACUAUUUGUACAUACUUGUGCCAAUCAUGCUGGUACUAUUUGUACAUACGUUUGCUAAUCAUGCUGGUACUAGUGGUAUAUACUUUUAACUUAGAGUACUAAUUUAUUAAUCAUGCUGGUAGUGGUUAUACAUACUUGUGCCAAUCAUACUGUUACUAGUUGUACAUACUUCUGACAAUCAUACGGUUACUAGUUGUACAUACUUCUGACAAUCAUACGGUUACUAGUUAUACAUACUUCUGACAAUCAUACGGUUACUAGUUGUACAUAAUUGUACUAUUCAGACUGGUACUUGUGGCAUAUAUUUGUGCCAAUGAUGCUGGUACUAGUGGUACAUAAAUUUGUGAUAAUCAUUUAUUUCCUUCUGCUGUUGCAGGUACGUCUAUUGCACUGACCAACUGCACACAAUCUCAGCUGGACUCGGGUGACGUCACGGUCAAGGUCCUACCUGUUGCUUUCAAGAAAGCAUUCAAUGAUCCCCCAACCGUCGUGGCCGGACAGACGGGGUCAGCUGUCUUUGCUGGGGUCAAUUCGGCCCUUUCCGUUGACAAUAUAACAACAACAGGAUUCACCCUCACCAUGACACUCAGAGACUUACUGCCAUUUGAAAUGAGACUCUUCUGGCUGGCGUGCAAGAGGAUCUAGGACAGUGCUGUCCACCUUCUUGAUUCCUUGGUCUCAUUAAAAAAAAAAAUUUUAAAUCCCGCGAAGCCGUGGGCCACACGUGACAUCUCAAAAGAAUGUGGUUUUUUGGGG